AUGAGCGACGAAGACCGCCCCAGCAGCAGCAGCAGCAAAAGGGCGUCCCUCCUCAGGCUCAAGUCCAAGGUGAAGGAAGUGAAACAAGUCGUCAUGUCCUCCCAGCUACCGCAGACGCACUACAAGAAGGAGGUGACGCGGCCGACUCGGCUGACGGGGCUGUUUCCUAAUACAACCAACCCGGUUGUGUUCUCUGCGCCGAUGCUAGGGACGGCGAACGGGAGGUUGGCGGCCGAGGUGAGCAAGGCGGGGGGGUUUGGGUUCAUCCCCGCGGGAUAUAACUUCAACCCCAAAUCCGGACCGGAUCAUCUAGGGCAGUUGGGGGAGGAGCUGAAAAUCGCGAGGAAGGUGCUGGAUUUGGAGCAGGCGACGCUGACGGCUGUCCCGGUGGGGGUGGGGUUCAUUCUUUGUCAUGAGAGUGCGAGGACGCAUUUUAUCGAGAGGGCUAUUCCCGUUUUGCAGGAGUAUUCCCCCCAGGCGGUGUGGCUUUUUGCUCCGAGAGUGGAGGAUGUGGAAGGGGGGGUGGUGAGGGGGAUUAUUGACGUGUUGCAUGAUAAUGGGUUUGUGGUUUUUUACUAG